AAAAUGGAUGAAGGAAAUCACUCUGCAGUGUCAGAAUUUGUGCUUCUGGGUCUUGGACUGUCAUGGAAUAUUCAGGUCUUAUCAUUUGUGAUAUCUUUAAUUUUUUAUCUGAUGAUUCUGUCUGGAAAUAUUUUCAUCAUAAUCUUAAUCGUCACUGACCUCUUGCUGCAUUCCCCCAUGUAUUUCUUGUUGGCCAAUCUAUCUUUUGUGGACAUAUGCCUUUCUACAGUCACCACUCCCAAGAUGAUUGCAGACUUUAUCAGUGAAAAGAAGACCAUUUCCUUCGGAGGUUGCAUGUCCCAGAUUCUCUUUACCCAUUUCACUGGAGCAGGUGAGAUGGUACUGCUGGUGGUAAUGGCCUAUGACCGCUAUGUGGCCAUCUGCAAGCCACUCCACUACUCAACAAUCAUGAAUUUGCGAAAGUGCAUUGGGCUGGUGGCCGUUUCCUGGAACAUAGGUUUUGUGCAUGGCAUAAGUCAAAUGAUUGUGAUUAUGAAGCUGCCUUUCUGUGGCUACAGGGAAAUAGACAGCUUCUUCUGUGAUAUACCCUUAGUAACAAAGCUUGCCUGUACAGAUUCUGAUAAGUUGGACACCAUCAUAAAUAUUGACUGUGGCCUUGUGGCUGUAACUUGCUUUAUUGUGUUGCUGAUAUCUUAUACAUAUAUUCUUGUCACUGUCCUCCAAACUUCUAACAAUGCUGCCUCCAAGGCCCUGUCCACUUGUACCGCCCACAUCAUAGUUGUAUUGAUUCUUUUUGUUCCAUGUAUCUUCAUCUAUGUGUGGCCACUAAAUAUUAUUUGGUUGGACAAAUUUCUUGCUGUGUUUUACACUGUUUUUACUCCUCUCCUAAAUCCAAUGAUUUAUACACUGAGAAACAAAGAGAUGAAAAAUGCUGUGAAAAGAUUCAAAAGCUACUACAUAGAUUCCAAGGAAAAUAUUUAA